AUGAGUCUUUGCUCGCUACUCUUUAUAGAGGUUGCGUGGCAAGGUAUAGAGAGAUGCUGGACACAGCCAGCAAUGGGAACUUCCUUAAUCAGGAUGUUGAGGAACUCGACCGCCCAAGAGGUAGUUUUCUUGUAUAUUCUGGUUUUGAGCAUCAUUCAGGUCAAAAUAGCAAAGAAGAGUCCAAAAUGGAGCAAAAAGAGUCAAAUCACCAAGUUCCCAAGUCUAGAGCACCAAAAUCUACAUUUCUCGCUAAAGACCAAACCGGAGCAUCCGAAGUACGACCGCAUAUUCAUGCCUUCCCGACGUCCAAAAGUCAUGAUUCUUAUAUGGAAAGAUAGAUAUUUGAGUCAUGACCCGCGGCGAAGUGGAAAGAGGUCAUUUGGAUCACUCGUUGGACCGGAACUUAUUUUCUACCAAGACAUGUCCGACGAGCGCCUAAGUAGAGCCCAUGGAGACUUUGAUGGAUCAAGAGGCCCGAGAUACCGCGCCCAAGGCCUUGGCUCAUCUUGA